AUGACCACCGACGCGAGGCUCGCUGCGGCCUUUGCUGCUCUUUCCCUUGCCAAUCCCCUCACAGUCACCCACGAACCGGCUACAUCCCCUGCUCAAUGGAAGGAACUCUUGCAGGCACAUAAAGAUGCCCCCAAGCCUUUCGAGUUGAUCAAGACCCUGGUGUACAAGCCCAAGACUGCCAAAACCGCCACCCCCGUCCCUGUGGUCGUCGUUGCUCGAGAAGAGACCGAGACCAACUCUGGAGCCAUCGGCAAGCAGCUCGGAUUGAAGGAACUGCGAUUGGCGAACGAGGAACUGCUUAAGGAAUUCUUUGCAUUGGAUAAGGACUCCCUGUCCCCACUUGCAAUCGACUCUUCCGUAUUUUCCAAGAUCCAACUCGUGAUCGACCCAGCUCUCGCUGACGCUUCCUCAACCCAAUUCGCUGUCCAUGCCUCGUCCUCGUCCACCACAACUUUCUUGUCCGGUGCCGACAUCGUCAAGCACCUCAAGUCGCUCGAGACAGACACACAGAAGCUCGUGGAAUUGGCGGCUCCCGGAGAAGCUGCCCCAGUCGCAGUUGCUCCGAAGAAAGCCCCGCCCAAGGAGAAGGAGGAUGCAAAGAUUGAGGGUGCAGUCCAGGUCGCUAUUGGUGUCAAGAAGGAGGUCGACUUUGCUUCAUGGUACACUAAUGUCCUGAUCAAGGCCGACAUGCUUGACUACUAUAGCGUCUCCGGUUGCUACAUCCUCAAGCCCUGGUCCUACUCUAUCUGGGAAGAGAUCCAAACCUGGUUCAACGCCGAAAUCAAGAAGCUCGGCGUUCAAAACUCGUACUUCCCCAUGUUCGUCUCGCAGAGCGUUUUGGAGAGGGAGAAGGACCACAUUGAGGGCUUCUCUCCUGAGGUCGCUUGGGUCACCAGGGCCGGCCAAUCCGAUUUGGAAGAGCCCAUUGCUAUCCGUCCAACCUCCGAGACCGCCAUGUAUCCUUUGUCGCCCUCUAACCCGCCCCCAGACUACGCCAAAUGGAUCCGCAGCCACCGCGACCUCCCUCUCAAGCUCAACCAAUGGAACAGCGUCGUCCGUUGGGAAUUCAAAAACCCCCAGCCCUUCCUCCGCACCCGCGAGUUCCUCUGGCAAGAGGGCCACACCGCCUUCCUCACCAAAGAAGAAGCCGACACCGAAGUCCGCCAGAUCCUCGACCUCUACCGCCAGGUCUACGAGGACCUCCUCGCCGUCCCCGUCAUCCCCGGUAUCAAAUCCGAGAAGGAAAAGUUUGCAGGUGGAUUGUACACUACGACGCUGGAGGGUUUCAUCCCCACCUCUGGACGCGGUAUCCAAGCCGCCACCUCCCACUGCCUGGGCCAAAACUUUUCGCGCCCGGAGAUGUUCAACAUCUUCGUCGAGGACCCUGAGAACCCCGGCAAGAAGUACGUCUGGCAGAACUCGUGGGGUUUGAGUACCCGUGCGAUUGGUGUGUGUGUUAUGGUUCAUGGUGAUAACCAGGGACUCGUCCUCCCCCCGAGGGUGGCGAGUGUGCAGGUGGUGGUUGUGCCGUGUGGUAUUACGGCCAAGACGAGCGAUGAGGAGAGGAAGAGGAUUAAUGAUGCGUGUGAGGCGUUGGCGUCCAAGUUGAGGGAGGGGGAUAUCAGGGCGAAGGCUGAUUUGAGGGAUGGGUAUACCCCUGGUUGGAAGUUUAAUGAGUGGGAGCAGAAGGGUGUCCCCGUCCGUCUUGAAAUUGGUCCUCAGGACAUCAAGAAGAACCAGACCCUCUCCGUUCGCCGCGACACCGGUGUCAAGGCUCCCCUCCCCCUCGACGGCAUCACCGCCACCGUCCAAGACCUCCUCAAGAACAUCCAAUCCGACCUCUUCGAGAAGGCGAAGAAGGUGUACUGGGAGCACGUCAAGCAGGUCACGAACUGGGACGACGUCGUCCCCGCUCUCGAUAGCAAGAACAUCGUCGUCAUCCCCUGGUGCGAGGAGGAAGCUUGCGAAGACGAGAUCAAGGAGAAGAGUGGGCGAGCUGCUGAACCGCAAGACGAGCGCGCGCCAUCCGCAGGUGCCAAGUCGCUCUGCAUUCCUUUCGACCAGAGCCACUGGCCCGCCAUCGAGCCCGGCAAGACCAAGUGCGUUGGAUGCGGCAAGGACGCGAAGAGGUGGACGUUGUUUGGAAGGAGUUACUAG